AUGAAUCCAACCACGACGAAACCGACAUAUCUCAAUUACCGCGCAACAUCAAACACGACGGGCCUUCCCUCGGGCAUUCGCACCGGCAGUCCUGCCUCGUCGACCUCGGCGCCAAUGCUCAACAGACUGCCUUCGGCCAAUUCAUCCAUCCCCACCAACCCUACUGGCAACAGCAUCAUCCUUUACGUGCCCAAUGUCGCUUCGCCCUCACUCUCCCAACAUCUCUCAGUUCUUCUCUCUACCCAUCGUAUCGCUGCCGUACACUUGAUUGGUCGCCGCGAUGUCGUACUCAAGAACCUGCGCACCGAACUCUAUACUCUGGCUGGAAAGAUGAGGACCGAUGUCCAAGUCUCAAUCUCCUUGACAGAAGGCGCAAAAGGAUUGGAGACGGCGGUCAGGGAUAUAGGUGUCAGGAGGCAGAAAGUCUUGGGCGCUCUCGUCUGCGAGUGGGAUGAAUUGCCCGAAGAGGAAGAGCAGGAGAAGGAUGUCUUGACCAUUGACACGGAUGAGAUUGAGGCCGUGUGGAAGGCAUCGGUGCUCCCACUACACGCUCUGCUCCGCAACCUCCUACCCCUGUUUUCCGACACCACUACAGAGACACCAUCGCACUCCUCUGCCAUGCCAUUCAUCUACCUCGACACAUCUAGCCACCUCUCAACCUUUGCAACCACAUCCCGCUCCGCUUUGCUUUCCUCCCUCACCUCUUCUCCCGCCACCAAAAACAUCACCAUUGGCCCUGCCAGCGAAUACCUCGUACCAGCCCCCGUCGUGUCAGAAACACAGAGCAUGAGAAGUUUGCAGAUCGAUACGAGCAAUGGAGGAAGCAGUCGAGGCAAUGGAUACACGGCCGACUCUCCAGAGACGAGUCCACUCUUUGGUGCUGAGAGCCCGACAAAACUCUGGGCCAGUUGGGCUGCUCAAUACGAGUGA